AUGGCUGGUCGUCACUCUAUGGCCACCUAUUUUAUUGAGAUUGCAUCCUGGUUGUCUCAUCGUUGCGGUGAUAUAGAGGGAGCCAACCCUCUAAAACAGAUGAUGAUGACAACUAAUAAUGAAGGUAACACUGCUCUGCACAAGGCCUUGCUGCACGGCCACAGCAGACUAGCGUUGGAGCUGCUGCAGAUAGAGCCCAAGCAGUCAGAAUUGAUCAACACCAACCUUGAGUCACCAAUGUACAUUGCAGCCUUUAAAGGCUUAGCUGAUGCUGUGACAGCAUUGGUGCAAAUUCCUUCAUCUAAUCAUGGAGGACCCUAUGGCAACACUGCUCUGCAUGCUGCUACAAUUUCCGGGCAUUUAAGCAUAGCGGAAACAUUGUUGAGUGGAAGGCGGGAGCUCGCCAAAGCUCGGAACAACUAUGAGACCAUCGCACUCAUUCACGCAGCAGCGGACAAUAAUCUGGAGAUGGUGCAGUUGCAUCUAAGGUUUGAUCCCUCUCUAGCAUACAUCAUGAAUAAUGCCGGCUCGGCCUUUCAUUAUGCUGCACAGCGAGGCCAUGUCCGCAUAGCCGAAGAGCUCAUUCGCCAGUGCCCAGACUCGGCUUUUGUAGUUGAUAGCAACGGCCGGAAUGCACUUCACAUGGCAAUAGUUGAAGAGCAGGUGGAUUUUGUCAAGUACAUCCUAAAGACACCUGCGCUUCAUGGAUUGCUCAACCAGCCAGAUAAAAAGAAGUACACUCCCGUGCAUUUGGCUGCGGAGCGUUGCAAUCCCGAAAUACUUCGAGCUAUGUUGGCUCAUGAAAGGGUGGACCGUGCGGCCUCGUGCGGGAGCUGGAGUGCUCUGGACAACUUCUUGUAUACAGUGGAACCUGACAAGACUUUGAAAUGGAAUCAGAUGUAUACACUGUUGGCUCAUGCCAUCCCCAGUGUGUGUACAAGUGAACUAUGGCAUAAGGUCAACAAAAAACUCACCCAGGAAGCAAACUGUCAAAUCCAAUCAUUAACUGCAAGAUACACCCGGCACACCACGAUGACGGCCAUCCUCAUUGCAACGGUUACCUUCGCAGCUGCCUUCACAAUGCCUGGAGGGUUCAGCGGCAACGAGGGCCCUGAUGAAGGCUUGCCAAUUCUGGUAAGGAAAGCAGCCUUUAAGGUGUUCGUGAUAUCGGACACUAUUGCUAUGAUCACCUCCCUCGCUGCUGCUUUUCUAUGUAUCAUUGCAGGAUGGGAAGACAUCGACUUCUUGCUCCACUACAGGGCGUCCACAAGGAAGCUGCUAUGGUGUGCAUCUGCUGCGAUGUCGGUGGCAUUUGCAACCGCGAUGUUCACAGUGACAGCGCCGAGAAACUUGCCGCUUGCUAUCUUACUCGUUACAUUGUGUUGUCCCCUUCCCUUUCUCACCUGUAUCCUGGGUUUAUGGCCACUCUGCAAGCUCCAUCUUCUUUUUGGUGGGAAGUUUCGCCCGGAUCUCCUAGAACAGGUCUAG